AUGCCUGGAAAGUUGAUUGAUCGAUAUGACCAUGUCCCUGUGACAAAGGCGGAGCUCGACUGGGCUGAAUUAAUCACCCUCGAUCUCAGCCAAUACGAACAGCCGGGCGGAAAAGAAGAUCUCGUCAAGCAGCUCGACCACGCCGUCCGCCAUGUCGGCUUCUUCUACGUCAAAAACUUCAACAUCCCCCAAGAAGAAAUCGACCGUCAGUUCGCCCUAGGACGCGAAUUCUACGCUCUCCCUCUUGAGGAGAAACUCAAGUAUCACAAUAGUGAUGACUUGGUGCGUGGUGAGUAUAAUGGGUAUAGACCGGCUGGACAUCGCAUCCUUGGAAACGGCAUCAAGGAUAACGUGCAGGUGUACAAUAUCCCCAAAUUCGACGGCCAUCAUCACCGCCAGCAGCCUGCUAUUCUCGCGGAGAAUAUUAAGGAGAUUGAGGCUUUUAGUCGGAAAUGCCACACAGAGGUAGUCGAAAAACUCCUCCGCCUCUUCGCCAUCCUCCUCCAACUCCCCGACGAAAACCAGCUCGUCAAAGACCACCAAUACGACGUCAAAGGCGAAGACCACCUCCGGUACAUGCACUACGCCGCGCGCAGCGUCGAGGAGAAUAAUAAAGUGGGCGAUCUAUACAGUCCCGGACACACGGAUCUGGGCACGGUGACGCUCCUCUUCAGACAGCCUGUUGCUGCGCUGCAGAUCCUCAACUCAGAGGGUCAGUGGAAGUGGGUGAGGCCUCAGGAUGGGACGAUCACGAUUAACACUUGUGAUGCGUUGACUGCGCUCACGGGGGGACUGAUCAAGUCGAGUGUUCAUCGCGUGCAUGCACCACCGCCGGAUCAGGCGCAUGUUGAUCGGUUGGGGGUGCUUUACUUUGCUAGACCCAACAACCACGUCAUCCUCGACCCAAUCCAAAACAGUCCCGUGCUGAACGAACUAGGACUCACCAAAAACGCCUUUACAGAACUUGGCCAGCACCUCACGACAGAGCAGUGGGUGAAAGUCCGCCAGACGCAGCAGCAGCGUCGUCUAAAAGAUACCAAGAUCUCGGCGGAUGGGAAGUACACGUACCAGCCGAAGGAUUUGGAGGUUAUUCCGGGUUUGCAUGCGAAGAUUUAUAACUAG